CUCAGUUAUAUAUUUGUCUUGAACAAAAUAAAGUUCUGAUAUUUAAAUAAUUCCCAAUUUGAGACUCUUUUGAAAACUAAACAAAUUUAAAAAAAACUGAUCCCUUAAUUAAAAAUGUGUGUGAAAAAUAAUUAUAGAGAACGUUUGAAAAGUUGAAUAUGAGAUCAAACUGUAGAUACCGCUUUGGAACUUUUAAAACCUCCGAAACCCUAAGACUCUCGAAAGAGCUCGAAAUCUCGACCUGGAAGAUGGAAACCCGAGCUAACUCAAACAUGAUAAGCAGGUAUAAGCGACACGGAUAGAGCUCUCGAAAUUUUUCAUAAUAACCGACAUAACCGUUCUUUCACGAUAACCGAAGUAAUCGCUUUUUCUUGCACAAGAUUAUAAAUUUCUUAUUGCUCUGCUCGAUCUAAUUAGACCCUCUACGGUAAAACGAUCACAUGUACAAAACGUGCGAAUAGGACGCAGGAAUAGAUUUGAGAGGAGGGAAAGAGAAAAAGGCGGGGGAAAAAAGGCACCCUCGUGCGAGGAUUGUAAGAAGAGCUCGCACACGUGAGCACCUCCGCUUUUCUUCGGCGCCGACGGCAAAGGCGUCCUUCGGUCCGACUUCGCCGUCCUUGUCUAUCCCGAAAUAGCGUUUCGUACGCGAGGCGCACAUGGGCGUUUCUUCGGUGCGACUGCCAGAUGCGUGGGUGGUGGCAGUGAAGAAGAGAAGGAGAGCACGAGCUGCGAGCGAUCAUAUGGCAGUGCCGCCGAUGGGACUCCCUCCUGGCCUGGCUUGUCAGUGCUUCGUGAAGUGUUGCGCCGUACCCGCGCACAAUCCCUGACCGAGCACGACCCUGACGAAGUAUCUGUGAUCCACCUCGGCGGGUUAGCUCGCUCGGCGAGCGACGUGUGAUGACCGGGGAGCUUCCCCGGAGGAGCACGCGACGUCUCCGCACGCCGCGAGCUUUUCCACUUCGCGGGCACUUCGAGUCGCCUUCGGAAGCACGAAGAAGAACAAGUGGAAGCUGCGAUCUCUCUGAUGUUUGACGGCUUGUGAUCGAGCGGAGCGGCGUUCCGACGCGUCUGGAGCAACGGGAUGAUUGAUCGUCAUCGCUAGCCUCCGCCGGGAUCGUAAUUGGCUACGUUAAUUGAGUGUCAAACGUGCGUGGAUGCGCAUGACGACGACCGUAACGUCGGAUUGCAGCAGUGCUUCCGCGACGAUCGUACACUGUUACGAGAGAAGAAGAAGGAACGCUCGAGGAAGCCUCGUCGAUCAUUCAUGUGUGAUAUGAAGGAACGAUUCAUCGACACGUAACAAUAAAAGGAAUCAAUGGUAAUCGGUGAUAAUUUAUUCAAAUGAAAGAACUCCGACAGCUCGCUUUGUGUUCGAAGUGAUCGUCGAAGUGGACAUGACUUGUUUCUCCUCUCGCAAGUUUCUUCUCCGCCGCGGGUUUAAGUCGAAUGACCUCGAGCAAGACGCAGAACGCAUGAGGGCCGGACAAUGCGGACGUAAUUAACGGCGGAACACUAAAGGUAUCCCCGCGGCAUCCCUAGCGAGACGCUCUUCUGCAGAGAAGGUCAUCAUGGCAGUCGAUAAUCCGUCGUACUUCUCGCUGUCCGGCGAGGCGGCGUCGUCGUCGUCGUCGGCGAGAACGACGACGGCGACGUCAACCAGGGGCCACGGCCUCACCUCGUUGUUCCGGAGAAGACCCAACAACAGGAUGGGCGCUGCGACCUCUCAAAAUGCCGCCCUCGCGGAAUCCACGUCCGGCGUCUUGACGCAUCACGAGGCUCGCGGCAACGCGUCGGGCGCGUCCACGCCGACGGAGGAGCGUGCGCCGAUGUUGUCGCAGAACGGCGCGGUGCAGCCGGGAUGUGGCAAGAGGAGAAGCUUCCGUAACCUCUUCAGGUCCGUGAGCGCGAACGCGGAUCAUGAGAGGACCCAGAAGUUCCUCAAGGGCGACCCGAGGCCGUCCGACGUCGCGCCACCGUCGCCAUAUUUGCCUCACAGGUCGCACUCGCAUUCCGAGAAAGACCGACAUCGACCUAGCCGAGGCAGAAGAGUCCUGAAAUCCGCGAGCGAACUUUUAUCCAACGACAUGGUCUACUGCGGUUUGACGGGCAAUUCCAAGGAUCGUAAUAGCGACGUUGACGGCAACGGCAACAAUAACAACGACGACGACGACGAUGACGAUGACACUGCGGAGGUUUUCCUCAGUGCUAACGAUGCAAGGUAUUACAAUCUUUCGUCCACGUUACCAGCGGCCGGCUCGACCACAAUUUGCCGAAGAAGGCACUCGAUCGGCACUUUCCUCGGAAAAGAAACAGCCUCAUCUGGUAACGCCGCGACUAUGGUACGACAACAAACGACAGGAUCCAGAAACGCGCUGGAAACAGACGCGGCGGCCGCUUCGGUCGACGAUACCGAUGGCGGUCCUUGCAACGAAGAAGGACCCGUAGCCUGCGCCAGGACCAGGCGCAGAAGGCACAAGAACUCGUCCAACAAGGGAUCGCAUUCGGCGACGGCCUUGUCAAGGGACGGACACGCGAAAGACGACGUUCUCUUCGUCUCUAGCAAAGGUAGCGAGGCUUCGAAAUUGUGGAUCAACUACCUGUCGGCAUGUUUCGAGCAAAUCAGUCGGCAGCAAGGGCGACCACCGUACAGAGUGCAUCACGUGGCGAUCGAGGAACCGAUAGCCCCGAGAACGGAAGAGAGGAUCCGUUCCUCCCGUCUCCAGAUCAUCGUCGUCUGUCCAGUUCUGUUGGAACGCGUCCGUAUUAGUCCGGAGCAGGCAGUUCAUCUGACUAGACAUCUGCUUGCCGAGAAGGUGUUGGCGAUGAUGCUGGGUGUUCACGAUAGCCACGUCAAUGACAGUCACAAGUCCAGCUUGGUCUGUUACGAUCAGUGGAGAAAGUUUUUCGUGAAGGACCAGGACGAGACGUUCGUGGGCGAAUUAUUGGGUGCGGCGGUCGGCAUUCUGGGCACCGCGCCGCCGCCGGCGCUUAGGGCCGACAAGACUGCAUUCUCCGUGCAUCCGAAGAAGGUCAAGCUGGGACAAAACAGGAUAAUCGUUUUGUUGAACGAUCCCUUGACUCCCGAAGAUCAAGUCUCGGUGGUCGUCGACCGUUGCGGCGAUGCGAUCGAUAUAAGUAACGUGAAGAGGAGGAAUCCUUACGCGCUGCAAUUCUCGAUACCGGAAAGAUGCCUCGAGGUAUCCAUGCUAGUCGGCGUAAGAAUAUCCAAGAACGGUUGUUCACUUGGCGUUAGGCAAGUCAAGUGCGAGAGCAGGCUCCGAGAACUCGAUCAGAUCCUCAGGGCUCACGACAAUCCUCUCGAAUUCAUGUGCCAGACUUUCGGCUUCAGUUCUACCGACAGGGAGCAGUUGGACAAUUGGAUGGUCCACGCGUUUCAGAAGAACAUCCCACCCCACUUUAAUCUCUUAUCAACGCCGAGUGGUUUGGUGCCUACCCAUAAGAAUCACACGAGUCCCGAAGAGAGCCCGACAUUGCUACAUUUCGCCGCGCGAUUCGGCCUGGAGAAAUUGGCAUGGCAAUUGCUGGAAUGUCCAGGCGGCGAGCUAGCGUGCGACCUGCGUAACGUAUCCGAGCUGACUCCCGCCGAUCUCGCGGAACAGGGCGGACACACGAGGCUGGCGCAUCAGCUGCGGGGCUACAUGCAAAUAAACGAGUUCACCAACAUGUACAGCUACCUCAAAGUCAUGAGCGAGACGACGAAUCGACCAACAGAUCAGGACUCAGCAACGGACGUCCCAUCGGCUAGCGCGAACGAAGCCAAUAACGAAAACGAGGAUUACUGUCGACCAAGACCCCUCAGUGAGGCUUACUUGGUGCCGCCAAUCGCGAGACCAGUAACGACUUUGAUUCAGACUUUACAAACGACAACCGCCAGCACAACCAUGAGCAAUUCCUUGACUGCUAAUUACUCAGUCGUGCCAACACCUACACCAGUAAUAUUACCGUCCACUCCUACGACCUAUAACUCUUCGAAUGGACUGGACCUCACUUUCCAGGGUUACAUGAAAAUGUACCCUGCCGGUGCGAAAAUGUCAACUACGAACUCGACGAAGCUGCAAUCUCGAACAGGCACACCUACGCAGUGCACUCGUCUGGAGUAUCAUCAAGGUUCUACGACGGUACGGGAGGAUAAUUCCGGUCAAAAAGUUAGCCAGCCUCCUCCCUAUGGCAGAACGUCGUCCAACAGCAGCACAAAGUCCAGAGAACCGUCGGGUCCUCAGGACGAGCUGCUGGAGAUCAUAAACGAUUUCAAGAACAACGUCUUCACGAUCUCCGAGGUGGAAAGGCUCGUCGAGAACUGGCAGAAGCGCAACGACGUGCAGCAGAGCUUCAAGGACAAGCAACGGCAGCUCAUGGCGAUGCGGGAGGAAUACGAUAGGAUACAGAAGAAGAUGAAAGAGGAGAUGAAGACCGCGACGCCCUUCGACAAAAUACGAAAGUUUUUCUCCAAAGGGAAGAAAGACAAGGAAUCCGCCAGCGUUGCCGUCGACUCGCCUUCGGGCAAGCCCGAAAGCGUCAAUGGUGGUUUAGCCGAUCGCCGACCUGUCAGUAGCUUAAGUCUUCGUAGUGUCUCCAGUUCGUCCUCAUCCGGUAGAAUGAGCACCGUCAGCGGCUGCAGCGGCACGAGCUUGGGCGACAGCGGAACCCAUUCCGACUCCGAAGAGAGAAGACUGCAAAAUCUCAGGGACGAGAAAGCCGGCAUGACGUCCUACGAGAUACCACCGACGCCUAAACCGUUCACGGGCAGGUAUUCACCUGCACCCGGAUAUUCCCCGUCGCCGAGUGUCUCCAUCGCGCGCGACCUCGAGUUCCGAGUAGCGCAAUCGCCGUCUCAGGCCGACGACAAUGAGUACUAUAUCGCGUUCCCACCGUCGGGAUUACCUGUUCACGCGUUCAAAGCGGACGGCUCUCCGCGAGAACCGGCCACACCGAGUUCGCCGUGUGAAUUCUCCAAGUGUCUCGACUUCGCCCAGAACGUCGUCGUCCCGUCGAACCAGCUGGACGAGGCCGAGGUGACGAGACACAUCGGCAACAAUAGUUACACGAACAUCGAGCCUGCGUCUACGUCGAGUUUCCCUUUGGGAACAUCUGUCCCGAGCGAGACGAGCCAUGAAUCGACGUACGUUGAUGCCGCUUGCGCGAGGAACGAGGACAUCGCGAGAGAACAUCGCGAUGAUGCCGACGAGGUCGCCGAAGUGUGUCUUCCUGACACCUCGAGGACGAGAACGCCGGUGUUCGCGCAAUCGGUUGUCACCGACGAGGUCGAUUCCGCCGCACUCGUUGCUCGCAGCGAGCAGGACACCACGAUGAAAUACGAGCAGACAGAUAAGCCGGCGGGCUCGGCGAACGUGCAUAUUGAGGCCGGCGAGAGCAGCAGAAUGCCGGAAUACAUGAACCUCGCUGUUAAUAUGGGUCACGACUCCGUCAAGGUCCUUGGUGCCAUACCAAAGAAACUGCCCGCGCCGCCUGUACCGCCGAGAGUCACGACUAAGAAGUAGGAACCGGAAAUCAGCGCGAGCGCAAGUAUCUCUCAAGAGAACUUCUUGUGUGUACGUUGUGUAACGCGUUUUCCUUUUUUGCGCAUUAAGCGACGACUGAACUUUCGUAAUAUUAAUAAUUAAACUCAGAUCACAAUUAACAUUAAUCACUGAGAUUUAUCUGUGUAUAUCGUACUCGUACUCAGUAAUUAUACGUCACGUAGUUUAGAUAUGCCGAAGGAGAUAUUCUUGCGUGGCUGACGAUAUUAGUAUAUAAUUACUAUCGCUCCUAUACUCGUUUUCAGAGAUAAGGUUAAUUUGCAAAACUUCAGAAGUAUACGAAUCCACUCGCCUCGUAAUGUUAUUCGUACAAAAGCAGCGGUGUUAAUUCGAUUAGCUCGUACAAAAGCUAAUUUAAAAAAAAUACCGCGACAUCUCAGCUGGCAAAGUUAGUUGGAUUCAAUUUCCAAGAAUAUAUCGCGCUACAUUCGCAAUCAGCGAAACUUUUAAAGUACCAAGAACGCAUUUAUCUUUAAUUUUAAGACCAACGCGUGAAUCGCGAAUGUUUUAUACCACUUUUUUAUUAUUCCCGCCGAUGUGACUUUAUUUUAUAUAUAUUUAUGUAUGUAGCGAAAGAGAUAAAAUAGCACGAAGAAAAAAAUACAUAUCCAAUAGCGUUCCUUAAUUUCUCCACGCAUUUUCGUUACGACUCACGAGAUGCGGCGAUAACAAGCUGAGAGGAACAACGACGUUGAUUAAUUUGAAUUUAUGUCUUCAUACGCGGGAUAAGCUAUUAUGACCCAUUGAUGUUAAACGAGCUGAUGUGGUACACCGCCUCUUUCGAUAUAUUCGCAACGAACAUCGCGUUUAGAAAAACAAAAGAGAAAGAAAACCUUGUUUUUUGGACAAAUUUGAUACCUUGAAAGUCAAAAUGACGUUAACGGAAAGUUCGCGUAAAAUUCCAAACAUUUAGACCGGUAAACCGCACUUCUUUCCUUCCGGCCGAAUUGGGACUUUCUUGUUAAUUAGAAUUCCAAUCAGAGUUGCGGUUUGCCACCACCUUCUGAUUAUAAUACGCGGCCGUGCUCGAAAUCAUAUCUGGCUCGUCGAAUACAGAGAUAAAGUCUGUGGCGACAACGGUUACGUUCAAAAAAUUUGUCCGUUACAAUCGUAUUAAAAAAAAAUGAAUCAUUUUCACU